AUGGAGUUUAUAUCUGCAAUCAUAAGUCCUUUUGUUCAGUCAUUAAUGGAUCCUGUUAAAAAACAGCUCGGAUAUAUCUUUUCCUCCACAAAACUUGUUAGGAACAUGAAUGCCAAAAUGAAGCAACUGGAUGGUACAAUCCUUGAUGUCAAAAAGCACAUGGAAAGAAACAAUAUAAGUAAUCUGGAGAUACCUGCUCGUAUACCUAGUUGGUUGGAAGAAGUUGAAAAGACUAAAGAAAAAGCUCAAAGCAUUCCAAGUACUGGGAAUGGAUGUUUUAACAUGAAAAUGAGGUAUCGAGCUGGAAGGAAGGCAUUCAAGAUUAUGGAGGAGAUGGAAAGUUUUAUUGAUGAAAAUAGUAAGAUAACUUGGAGUGAUGCUCAAAGACCUCUUGGGAAAGUGAACUCGAAAAUCGCAUCUAGUUCUUCACCUCCGGAUGCUGGUGCCCAAAAUCACUUCAGAUCGAGAGAGAAAAGUUUUAAGGAGAUACUCGAUUUCCUUCAACAAGAUCACAAGAGCAAAGUGAUAGCCCUAUGUGGAAUGGGAGGUGUGGGAAAAACCACUAUGAUGGAACAAGUGAAAAAGACUGCAGAAGAUAAGAAGAUGUUUGAUUAUGUUGUGAAGGUGGUUAUUGGGCAACAAAUUAACAUGUUUUCUAUUCAGCAAGCUGUAGCAGAUUACAUGGGCUCAUCUCUAACUGAAAUGAGUAAAGAAGCAAGAGCAGAUCGUCUUCGUAUAACAUUUGAGAAACUUCUAGAAGGUAAAAGAAAGGUUUUGCUGAUAUUAGAUGAUGUAUGGGAGACAAUUGAACUCAAAGAUAUUGGAUUGAGUCCUUUGCCUAACGGCUUCAAGCUGUUGCUGACAUCACGAUAUGAAAAUAUUUGCAAACAAAUUGCUGUAGAAGCUGAUUCAGAUUUGAAAAUAGUUAGAGUGGAAGUGAUGGAGGAGCCUGAAGCACAAAAUUUCUUUUGGGAAAUUACAGGUGCUUUAAAACAUGAUAAGGAGCUGAAUAAAAUAGGAACAAAGAUCGUGAGAAGAUGUGGGUUUUUGCCCCUUGCCAUUAAUCUCAUUGCCAUUCGUCUUAAGUUUGAAGAAAAGGUUGCGUGGAGAGAUACACUUCGCCGUUUGGAGAAUAAAAAUCUUGAUUAUGUGCAAGAAAGUAUUAAGAUAAGCUACGAAUAUAUACAAGAAGAGGAGGAAAAAGCAAUUUUUCUUCUGUGUGGCUUGUUUCCUGAUGACUUUAAUAUUCCAAUCGAGGAACUCACAAGAUAUGCAUGGGGCCUACGGUUGUUGAAUGGAGUUUCUACUUUGGGAGAGGCUAGGGACGGGACAGAGACGCAUGUGCACAGUCUCAAAAAAGCAAAUUUGUUGAUGGAUGGCGAUGAUGAUGAUGAUGGGUGUGUCAAAAUGCAUGAUCUUGUGCUCGAUUUUGUUUUAGGAAGAGUUUCUAAGGGUGACCAUCCAUGGAUAAUCAACCAUGGUGAUAAUUCAAAGUGGAGUAGUGCCGGAAUGAGUGAGUCUUGUAACAGAAUUUCUAUUACUUGCAGGGGUAUGUUUGAGUUUCCUAGAGACUUUAAAUACCCAAACCUUGCACUUUUGAGACUUAUGCAUGGAGAUAAGUCGCUUACGUUUCCUGAAGAUUUUUAUCAAAGAAUGGAAAAUCUUGAAGUUAUAGCGUAUGAAAAUAUGCAGUAUCCGUUGCUCCUCAGAUCACUUCAGUGCUCCACUAGGCUUCGGACACUCAUUUUCCAUAAAUGCUUAUUGAUGUUUGAUUGCUCUGUUAUUGGUGAACUUUUGAAUUUGGAAGUGCUCAGUUUUGCACAUUGCGGGAUCAGAAAGUUGCAAUCCACAAUCGGAAAUUUGAAGAAGCUAAAGCUACUGGAUUUGACAGGGUGUGUAAAUCUUCAUAUUGAUGAUGGUGUCUUGAUAAAUUUGGUCGAGCUUGAAGAGCUUUAUAUGAGAGUUGCUGAUGAAGAGGCAAUUAGGUUCACAGACAGCAAUCGUGUUGAAUUAGCAGAGCUUUCAAAUCAUCUUUCUGCAUUAGAAGUUGAGUUCUUUGACAACAACGGUAUGCCGAAGAAUAUGCUGUUUACUGAACUUAAAAGGUUCAGGAUCUCUAUGGGAUGUGGUUUAGUAGAGAAUACUGACAAAAAUAUGCACUCAUUUGAAAACACAUUGAGGUUGGUCACUAACAAAAAUGAGCUAUUGGAAUCUAGCAUCAAUGAGUUGUUUGAGAAAACUUCGGUGCUUUAUUUGGAGGUGGAUGGUAUGAAUGAUAUUGAAGAAGUUUUAGUGGAAUCAGUUCAUCUUCCCCAACAGUCAUUUAAUAAUCUAAGAGUCCUUGAUGUUAUCAAGUGUAAAAACAUAAGAUACCUCUUCACAGUCCCUAUUGCAAAUUGUUUAAUGAAGCUUGAGCGCCUCACAGUUUCAAAGUGCCCUGUUCUGGAAGUACUUGCACAUAGUGAAAAUGGUGGAGAUGGGGUAAUCAAGUUUCAAGGGCUAAAGUUUCUAUCAUUGAAGAUGCUACCAGAGUUGAUAGGUCUUUGCAACACUGCUAAUGUAAUUGAGCUACCACAGCUGGUGGAGUUGGAACUUGAUGGCCUUCCUAAUUUCAGUAGCAUUUAUCCUGAGAAAACAUCUGCAACAUCUUCUAUGUCCAGUAAUGUCUCUGCAAUUCAACCUUUCUUCAACAAAGGGGUGUUGAUUCCUAAGUUGGAGAAAUUGAGGAUUUCGAGGAUAGAUAAGCUGAAAGAGAUAUGGCCUUAUCAAUUUAGUAGUAGUGACGAAGUUAAUGCCUGCAUGUUGAGAGAGAUUAGAGUGAGGGAAUGUGAUAAUCUUGUGAAUCUGUUUCCAACCAAUCCCAUGUUCUUGUUGGGUCGUCUGGAAGAGCUUCAUGUUUCAUCCUGUGGAAGCAUCAAAGUGUUGUUUAACAUCGACAUGAGUUGUGUUGGUGAAACUGAAGAAUACAGUAGCAGCUUGAGAGAAAUUAACGUAUCUAAUUUGGAGAUGCUAAGAGAGUUGUGGAGGAUGAAAGGUGAAAGUAGCUCUGAUAUCCUCAUCCGUACCUUUCAAGCUGUUGAAAGUAUAGAAAUACAAGAGUGCGAGAGGCUUGUAAACGUAUUCACACCGACUGUCACCAAUUCUGACGUGGGAAUACUUAUGAAUGUGAGUAUAGAUGGUAGGAGACCUUGUGAAGCAAGAAAGAGAAACAUCGAAUUGGUUCAGAAAAGCAAGGAGAUUAAUGUAAUAUCCAAGGCAGAGAUCAUUUCAGAGGUGGAUGUGGUGUUUGAGAUAGAGAGUUCCAGUAGCAGCAGCACAGAUUUGACAACAACUCUGCAUAAAUAUAAUCAUCAACCACCACCACUACUACUUCCCCACCUCAAGGAAUUAUAUUUAGUAAAUAUGUCGAGGAUGAGUGAUGUGUGGAAGUGCAAUUGGAAGAAACUUGUAAUUCCUCAAAACCAAUCACAAUCCUACUCAUUCCACAACCUCACAAACAUAUACAUGGAAAAGUGUCAUAUCAUAAAGUACUUAUUUUCACCUCUCAUGGGCAAACUUCUUCCCAACUUAAAGGAGGUCUGGAUAAGGUGGUGUGAUGGUAUUAAAGAAGUUGUUUCAAAUAGAGAUAUUAAUGAUGAAAAUGAAGAAAUAAUAUCUUCUACUCACACAAACACCUUCUCCUUCCCUCUUCUUGAUUCUCUCUACCUUGAUUCUCUGCCACGCCUAAAGAGUAUCGAUGGCGGUACUACGAUCACAACUACUUCCAUCCAUGAUCAGUUCAAGUGUUCUCAAGUCGGUGUUGCUUCGUGGUUCUUAUGCCAAUACUCCAAAAAGAUUGAGAUAUAUAAUUGUCCUGCCCUAUCAAGAGUGUUUCCAUCCAAUGUAGUGGGACAACUGAAUAAGCUUGAAGAGUUGAGAAUAAAAGAAUGUAAGUCAAUGGUGGAGAUAUUUGAAAGUAAAGAAAUAAACAAAGAUGGUGUUGAUAGUACUACGAAUGUUGGUGAUGGAAGUGAUGAUACUUGUACUGCAAUCACCAUCCCAAGGUCGGCCAAUAUGACACUGCUUCAAUUGCCCAACCUAACAAUAUUGGUCAUCAGUAAAUGUGAAGUUUUGGAAUAUAUAUUCACAAGUUCCACACUUGAAAGCCUCAAGCAACUCAAAGAAUUGACUGUAGCAGAAUGCAAGGCAGUGAAAGUGAUUGUGAAGGAAGACACAGAGCACACAGAAAAAUCUAAAUCUAUUAUAGUCUUCCCACGUCUCAAGUCCCUUACACUUGUAGAUUUACCAGAUCUCAAGGGUUUCUUCUUGGGGACGAAUGAGUUCAGGUGGAAAGCAUUGGAAAAGGUUAAGAUUUAUGGCUGCCCACAAAUGAUGAAUUUCACAUCUGGUCACUCCAAGGCUCCGAAGCUCAACUACAUACAUACAGGAUUAGGCAAGCAUAGUCUUGAUCAAUAUGGCCUCAACUUCCAUUUGACCAAUGCUACACAUGAGGUAUGUCGUUUUAUGAUGUUCAACAUAUUAUUUGCUUACAAAAAUUAG